AGCUUUCCCCAUGCCAGGACAAGCUGAAUGGAAUGGUGGAUGGGGAGGAACCUUCUUCUGUGCUAUCUUAUUUCAUUACUUUGUAGUAAUGAAAUGCUAAGACAGUAUAGAGGGGAAAACAGAGCCACGAAAUUUUGUAUUCCUAGGAGAUGGCGUGAACCUACUGAUCACUCAACUGGCUGCUUUUUCUGCAUGGUGAAUCCUUCCAAACGCCGAUCUGGAAAAAUGUGCCUACUGUUUUCCAUCCAGACAUUCAUUCCAUCUUCCAUUGCACCAGGUACCACACAGUGUUGAUCUUUCUGUACCAGCUCCUCCAGAAAGAAGUUAACUAUCAGAAUAAAGCAGCAAGUCAGAAGAUGAGCUCAACAGAGAGAAGAAAGACAGUGACAUCACAGAUACAGUUGUAGUUGAGAGGAAUCCUUACUACCCAAACCAAAAGAGACCUCAUUGACCUCAUCAGAGAUCUUGGUUUGACAAAGUCAAAUGAUAAGAUUUUGAUUUCAAGGCUGAAGGAAUGGGAUUUACUUGAUAACAGUGUGCAAGUGACCAGCCAAAGAAAACGUCACAAACAUUUCUCCAGCUUCUUUGCAAAGGAGGACAGACUAUGCUACUGCAAUGAUAAGUCAGGCUUGUUUGAUGUUAUUGGAAUUGCUUGCAGUGCAGAUGAAUGGAGACUCUUCAUUGACAGCUCCUCCAAAAGCCUGAAAGCUGUACUUCUGCACAAUGGAAGCAACUAUCCAUCUCUGCCUCUUGCUUAUUCUGUGCACCUUAACCCUAUUCUCUGCAGCAUUGCUCGAAAACGACCCACCCUAGCUGAUUUUUUUAAAUAAAUAAAGAAAUAAAACAAAAUUCUAAACAAGAGGUAGUUUUUAGAAAAUUAUUUUUACUGUCAUUCAAAAUAUGAUCAGGAAUGACCAAGUAAGAAAGAACUGCAACAAAAUUGGUAUAAUCUAUGAUAUUUUAAACUUUUCUUUUGAUCACUUGCGAAACAAUAUGAUAACAAAUACCAAUGAUCAAUGAGUUCACUGCCGAUGACCACUUCCUUGCCAGACAUACGAUCAAUUUCCCGUGUAUAUUUGUGUUUUUCUCUCUCUGUGUGUGUGUAUGUGUGUGUGUGUGUGUGUGUGUGUGUGUGUGAUAGUUUUUGCGUAGUUAUUAUUUUCUUUCCUGAGUUAUUUCACGUAAAAAUAUAAGAACAUAUGAAUCAUAAGUGAGGGUCGCUGAUCGCCCGAUCUCGUUUGAACAAUCAUAAUCAGGCAUUGUGAUCAGUGUGUGUUUGUGUGUGUGUUCUACCUUCUCUCCUGCAAUAUCUCACGACAAAACUAUAAAUACAUAUUGUGAAUGCUAAGUAAAUGCAGUAGCUGAGUUCAAUCUUGUGAUGACACGAUACGUGAAAUUAAAACUUUACCUAAAGUUGCGCUAAUUUCAUCUGAUGUGCAAGGUGGAGCAUUUUUAGAGAUGGGAGGCAUAAUAUUUUCUAAAGGUUUUUUUCUCUCUCUCUCUCUCUCUCUCUCUCUCUCUCUCUCUUGGUCAAAGUCAGGGUAAUCCAAUUAUUGUCGGUUUCUAUGUUCUGAGAGGUCCAUCACCUUCUCCACACUGACAUCAACUGAAUCUGACUGACAAGUUCAUCAGCAAAGCUCUGUAUACAUGCUAUCCAUGAAUCUAAAAAAUAAGAUGUCAAGAGAGAGAGAGGAGGGAGGGGGAAGAAAAAAAGAAAAGAACUGACUGACAAUGGUGGGAUCAUGAUGACUCAGAGAGAGAGAGAGAGAGAGAGAGAGAGAGAGAGAGAGAGAGAGAGAGAGAGAGAGAGAGAGAGAGAGAGAGAGAGCAGCCAAUUAGAAGUUAGCCGCUCGUGACGUCACUUGCAACUUUUCGAAAAAAAAAAAAAGACGUAACUGCCACUACUGGGUGUAUGACUGUUAGUACUUAAGUGGCCACUGACAAUAGACUCUACAGACACAACCCCAGACUUUACAGACGACCCUGACGAAGAUUUGGCAGAUGUGAUAGGUAACGGAGCUGAUUUUGCCAUGGACUUUGAAAGUGACGAGGACUUGGACGAUGACAUAGAUAAUGAAAAGCGGCUCCCACGAAGAAAUAGUAAGACAUUAGUCAGGAACAGGUUAGUUAAUUCCUUGACUAGUUGUUUACAUGAAAGUAAAUAUAAUGAUUACGCAUUAUCAGAUCAGCUACGGGAAUAUAAAAUCACGGUAGAGAAACCCCGGAGAAAGUUUGAUGUAGAGGAAUCCAUAACAUGGACCAAUCGUAUGGAAGAAGACCAACUACGAACAUAUCCAGUGUUGUAGAAUGUGUGAUAGAAGCAAAGUCAGUAAAUUCAGAAGAAAUGGCAUAAGACUUGUUCAUAACACCUGAUAUGAUUUUCAAUAUUGUGCACAAUACCAAUCAGAAAAUUGAAAGUAUAAUUGCAGAAAUUUCUCAGAGGCCUUCACACAUCAGGACAACAGAUUACAUUAAAAUGAGAAGAUUUUUGGGGAGUUUGUUGUAUGCACGUGGUUUAUUAGGCCAAAACAAAUGUACUUAUAAAAGACUUUUCAUGGAAGAGUUUGGUCACCCUGUAUUUGGUGCAGUAAUGUCUGAGUAUAGAUUUGGAUUUUUGCAUGCAAACCUAACUUUUGACAACGUUGAUACCAGACAUCAAAGAUGGUUACAUGACCAGUUUGCUGCAGUCAGGGAUCUUUUUGAAAAAGAUUUGAAGGCUCUUGUGAGUCAGAUACAAGAAUUUGUAGACUUAAGUGGUAGGGUAAUAAGUCUAGACAGACUAUAUACCAGCUUAGAGUUGUUUGACUGGCUUCAAACACAAGGUAUUUCUACUAUAGGUGAUAUAGAUUGUAUGAGGAAAGGCAUACCAUCAGAGAUAAAGACAGUCACAGGAAGAGAAAUGAGGUCAUAUCAGGUGUACUGGAAUAAUGAUAAUGAGGAAAUGAACCUGAAUUCUUAUGUAGGAUCCAUCAAAAGUAAAGGUAAGAAAAAUGUAUUGCUUCUGAGUACAGUCUCCCUUAUAAUAUUUCGAGUUACCAAGAAUGAUGGUGUAAGAAACCCAGCCAUAUAUAAAUUGUAUGAUUUCACUAAGGGAGGAACUGAGAUAAUAGAUCACAGAAUAAAUUUUUAUGCAGUGCACACAAAAUCUCGCAGAUGGACAAUGGCAUACAUUCUCGACACUGCCAGGGUAAAUUCACAGACAAUUCAUGCAAUUAAAACUAAUGUUGACCCUAGAAAAUGUACAUCACUUACAUAUGGCUGGAAUUUUGUGAAGGCAAUAUGUAAACCCCGAAUUGAAAGGAGGAAAUCUAAGGCUUGUACUUUUGCGAGAAAUACAAUGGCUAAGAUGGACUUGAUGUUAGGACAUAGUAGAAGGCAGGUAGAGGAAGCCGCAUCAGAAGUAACACAUGAGAAUAAAAAGAGGAACAGGUGUCACACUUGUCUAGAUUUGGCUUAUGGUCCAGAUUUCAGGAAGAAUCUAUUAAAAGUAAAGAAAACUAUUAAUCAGUGUCAGGUUUGUCACAAACACUCAUGUGAUCAACAUAAAAAAAAAAAAAAAUGUGUAAAAUGCCAUGAUAACAGGCCCAAUCAGUGAGAAUUCUGCCUUCAAUACUGAAAAGGAUUAUGCUCUUUUUAGGAAAAAUGCCUACAUAAUAUGUGAUUAUGCUUGUGCAGAACU